AUAUAUUAUAAAUCAAGGAAACCUCAACAUCAACCUAGUUUGGAGGAGGAGCGAUAUGAAGCUGAGCAUAACACGGGCAUGUCAAUGGCACGCAAGCCCUCUCUGCGCCAAUCUCCAGCGGCCCAUUUGCUAUUCUUCUCCAAAACUCUACACCCCCCUAUUAUUGAGGCCAUUCAACUACUCUGCCUCCCUAUCGGACCUCCAAAAGUGGCAUAAUUGGGCCAAAUCCCUCCUCUCCUCAGUUGGCUCAACCUUUUCGGAAUUAGACAACGGCCCUGACUCCUCUCUCUUGUCCAGAGAGCUUAGAUGGCUCGUACAGGAUGCGUUUGAAGAACCCUCACUCUUUCCCCAAAUGGGUUUUCAAAAUAAUCGCAAACAUGUCAAGUUGAGGGUAGAUGUGGAUGCGCUUUAUAGCUUGUGGAAGCAGAGGAUUGUGGAGAGGCGGCCCUUUCAGUAUAUAGUUGGGUGUGAGCAUUGGAGGGACCUGGUAUUGAGUGUUCAAGAGGGGGUUUUGAUUCCGAGGCCAGAGACUGAAUUGAUUGUUGAUUUAGUGAGUGAGUUGGUGAGGAAUGAUGAGAGGUUUCGAGGGGGUUUGUGGGCAGAUUUGGGAACAGGAAGUGGCGCUCUUGCUAUUGGUAUUGGGAGAAUUUUGGGGCAAGGAGGAAGAGUCGUUGCCACAGACAUAAGUCCGGUGGCUGUUGCAGUGGCAGGUUUUAAUGUGAAGAGGUAUGCGCUGGAGGAUGUGAUUGAGGUAAAGCAGGGAUCUUGGUUUGAGCCAUUGAAGGAUGUUGAAGGAAAACUUGUGGGUAUUGUGAGUAAUCCACCAUACAUACCCAGUGAACAUAUUCCUGGGCUUCAAGCUGAAGUUGGUCUUCAUGAACCAAAGCUUGCGUUGGAUGGUGGCGCUAAUGGUAUGGGUCAUCUUCUCCAUCUCUGCGAAGGAGCUGCUUCAAUGCUGAAACCUGGUGGUUUUUUCGCUUUUGAGACCAAUGGGGAAGAGCAAUGCAAGUUUCUUGUAGAAUACAUUGAAAAUUGUGGUCAAAAUACCUUUUGUAAUGUGAACAUAGUCUCUGACUUUACUGGUAUUCAAAGGUUUGUGACUGGAUUCCGUCAGUAGUAUGAUCAGCUAUAGAUCAACAGCAGUUACAGCAGGACAGGAAUUUCUGGUUAGUACUUCCUCCUUUGAGCAAGCACCUUUUACUUUCGAGUAAUUGCAAUAAAAAGCAAUGUCGUGCAUUUAUGAGAUCAAGAAGCACACAAUCCUAGCACAGUUGACUCAUCUAUGAAGAGAAGUGAACUUAAUAACCUAAGUUUGAUUUUUAAAGUUGUGUUACAUUCUGUUCCUUUCCCUGAAUUUGUUGGAAAAAAGAAGUCGAAGCUCUCUAUGUAUUUUUUUGUAAGACAACAUCCUGGUGCUGCUGGCUUAUACCAGAGUCAUCAACAUGGUUCGCACAAAUCUAACGAAGGUAAAUCAGUGCUAUAAUUGGUUUCUUCAUUCCAGAAACAUAGUUCUGUGCAGAUAGAAGUAAUUUUGGGGAGGUUCAUCCACAGCAUUUCGAAUCUCUGGUGUUGGAGUAAAUUGAACAGUUGUCAUAAUUCCAAUUAUUAUGUCAAUAUCUUAAGGCUGUGCAUGGCUCCGGAGGCUUCCGAUAGAAAAAUAUGUCAUACCUUGCCUAAAAGUUUGCUGCUGGGUUCAUACUUCAUAUUAGAUAGUGAUUUUAGUACAUUUACUCUAAUGUUGUGUUAUCUUUCACUCUUGAAUGUUAUUAUGUUGCUAUUGUUGACUUUAUUUUGGGACAUAACUCAUGAACUUCUUAGCUCAUUUUCAUUAUCCAUACUAUAUAUAAUUAUGGGCGAGGCAAGCUAGCUUGCUGAUACCUUACCUGUC